AUCUUCAUUCCUUCGUUACAAACCUCACUUCAAUUCCCUCGGUUUCUCUCUUCCCUAACAAUACAAACUUAAAACCUCCAUCAUUUCUCAUUUCUUCUUCAACUCUGCAUUCAAUGUCUACACAAAUUUCAUUUCUAUUAUAUCUUCUACCAAUCCUAACUUCACUCUCAGGAGUAUUCUCCACCACUUUCAGCAUAGUAAACCAAUGUGAUUACACAGUUUGGCCUGGAAUCCUCUCCAACGCCGGAGUUUCACCACUUCCCAUCACCGGCUUCGUCCUCGCUGCCGGUGAGUCCAAAACCAUCUCCGCUCCAGCCUCUUGGGGAGGCCGAUUCUGGGGCCGAACCCACUGUUCACAAGACGCCACCGGUAAAUUCUCUUGCCUUACCGGAGAUUGCGGCUCUGACAAAGUCGAAUGUAUCGGAAACGGGGCGAAACCACCGGCAACUCUGGCUGAGUUCACUCUCGACGGCGCCGGAGGACUUGAUUUCUUCGACGUGAGUUUGGUCGACGGUUACAAUAUCCCUAUGUUGGUUGUCCCACAAGGCGGCACCGGCGAGAAAUGCAUGAGCACGGGAUGCGUUGUGGAUUUAAACGAUGCUUGUCCUCAGGAGCUGAAGGUUACGAGCGAUGAGGGCGGUGAUAACGUCGCAUGUAAAAGCGCGUGUGAAGCAUUUAACCAACCGCAAUAUUGUUGUAGUGGCGAGUUCGGGAGUCCAGAUACUUGCAAACCUUCCGCGUACUCGCAGGUCUUCAAAAGCGCUUGCCCACGAGCAUACAGCUACGCCUACGAUGACAAAACAAGCACGUUUACAUGUGCCGACGCUGAUUAUAUUAUUACUUUCUGCCCUUCACCCAACACUAGUCAGAAAUCAACGGACAAUCACAACACAAACACACCGGCGAUCAACGGCGGCAACGGUACAAUGGUAUACGAAGGGGCUGCGUAUGAUUUUAGCGGCGCGUCGAGAACCACGCUCCGUCGUAUUCUAGGGGUAGUCGUUGCGACGGUGGGAAUUCUUCAAAUUCGGCAACUCUUUUGAAGGACGCAGUGGAGGAGGAGUUUCUGCCCAAUUUUUCCUGGAGGGUAGGUGACACGUGGAGGGUGGAGCCCAUAGGAUUGAGUUUGAUUGGUUGAGAUGGGAAGAUGGGCUAAGUGGGUGGGCCGGGCCCAUAAUUAGGGCCCAGAUGAUGUGGAUGUGAGUCAUGAUUGAAAAGGCUGAACCGCACACGUUAAUAGAGGGGGAAGCCAACCAAUCCUCCACUUUCUUCUACGCCAAAGCUGACAGAGAAGACGGAAUUUUUUAAAGAAUACUUUAGGAAUUCUUUUAAAGGAUUUUUAAUUAUUAAUUAUUAAUUAUUAUGUUACGUUUAUUCUUUAUAAUUAGUUGUAAGAAGGAACAAAAUAAUGAUAUUGGGAUUCAUUUGUUGGUAUUGGGGGACAGAAUUCAAUAUUGUUAAAUUAAAGUUAUUCUUCUUAUGAUCAAAAUUCCUGAUUAA